CGCGUUUCUCUGCGCUCCGUUCUCGCUUAUCCUCACUUUCUUCCCCAAUUACUAUAACAAUGAUCGUCCCCUUCUUCUCGUCCUCAUUUCCCGCAAUCAACUGGCCGCCUCUUGUUUGAGGAAUCACCGGCCCUCAUGGUGGCCUCGACUGCGACCGCCGUAGCGGAUAGGGCGGCGUCGAACCGGGCGGGAAAGAUUGUAGCUUUGAAGCCGACGGAGAAGAUGGUGGCGGACUUCAUGAUGGGUGGUGCUGCCGCGGUAGUGGCGAAGAGCGCGGCGGCACCAGUGGAGAGGGUCAAACUCCUUCUUCAGAAUCAAGGGGAGAUGCUGAGGAGGGGAAAUCUGUCGAGGCCUUACGAAGGAAUAGGCAAUUGCUUCGUUAGGGUUCUCAGGGAGGAGGGGUUUUUCUCCUUCUGGAGAGGGAACCAGGCCAAUGUCAUCCGUUAUUUACCCACGCAGGCCUUCAAUUUUGCAUUUAAGGGUUACUUUCAAACCAUCUUUUCAUUCUCGAAGGAGAAAGAUGGUUAUAGUAGAUGGUUAGCCGGAAAUGUUGCUUCUGGUAGUGCUGCAGGAGCCAUAACUUCGCUAUUGUUAUACCAUUUGGAUUAUGCGAGGACUCGACUUGCCACAGACACACUUGAUCGCCAAGCUGGAAGUCAGCGCCAGUUUAAAGGACUUGUAGAUGUUUACAGGAUGACUCUUUCAAGUGAUGGUUUUGUUGGCUUGUAUCGGGGCUUUGGGGUGUCAAUAAUGGGCAUCACUCUAUAUCGUGGACUCUAUUUCGGCAUCUAUGACACCAUGAAACCUCUUGUCCUGGUUGGUCCCUUUGAGGGGAAUUUCUUGGCCAGUUUUGUUCUGGGAUGGACUGUGACAACUUCAGCUGGUGUCUGUGCCUACCCAUUUGAUACAUUGCGUCGUAGAAUGAUGAUGACUUCAGGACAGCCUUACAAAUAUCGAAGCACCUUCCAUGCCUUCCACCAAAUUGUACAACGCGAGGGAUUUUUAGUUCUGUUUAGAGGAGUGGGUGCCAAUAUGCUUUCAGGAAUAGCAGGAGCUGGAGUACUUGCAGGUUAUGAUCUGCUUCAUCGUUUCGCCUGCAGACGAGGAUACGAAUUUGAAAGCUAGAUCAAAGCCGGGCUGAAAUGAGGGAGUUGGCGAGAAAUUAUCCCAUGCGGAGGCUGGACACAGCUCUACAUUCAGAGGCGAAUCAUGUGCAGCCAUGUCAGCUGUACCAAGCCGCGGUAUCGAGCGAAGGGGUGACGUGGCGCAUUAACAGAAUAAUUUUUCCUAUGAGGCAUAGAUGAAAACCAAGUUUUAUUAAUCAUGAUUAGUUCUAUAGUUGCUGGAGCUUGCAAAAGUUGAUCUUCUCACAGAGUGCUCAUGUAAGUAAUUCAAACGACUGUAAAUAGCCUUCUUCUGAUUUGAUUCAGAGUUUGUGAUAUGUACAUAUCUAUACUCC